CGCAGAGCAAGCAUGGAACGAAAAAUUAAAAUAGCUUGAAAUUUAAAAAUUAAAAAAAAAAAAAAGCAAAAUUUUUCCAUUAUUUGUUUAGAGCCAACAGAGGAAGCUCCUGAAGCCAUCGGUUAUUGUUGAUGGAACCGACUUCUGAAGGUAGCGGCGGAGGCGGUGGUGAUUGUGGUGAGCUUUCUCGGUUCCGUUCAACUCCGGCCACGUGGUUAGAAGCACUGCUCAAGGAGGAGGACGAAGAAGACCCAUUGGAUACCACCCAGUGCUUCACUCAGCUUCUCGCUACAGGUACUGAUAACUUGUCCAGAAAUACGGCGUCUUUCGAUUCGCCGGCGGCUGAUGGAUGCGGUUUUGAUGCUGGGUCAUCGUCAGGUGGAUUUACCCGGCAGAAUAGUUCUCCGGCGAACUUAUUCGGGAAUUCAAUGGUUGUUGCCUCUGAAACAAGGUACUUCUCCAAGUAUGGGGUUCAACACAAUCAUGACGUUAGCCCCCAAGAUAUCGAUGCUUCCUCCAUAUCUAAUUUGACACCAGUUAGACAGAAUGUUGAGCAUACUGGCAAAGCACCAGACAUGGACAUAGAGAAGAUUUUAGAGGAUUCGGUACCUUGCAGAGUUCGGGCAAAGCGUGGCCAUGCGACACAUCCAAGGAGCAUUGCUGAGAGGGUUCGUAGAACUCGGAUAAGUGAUCGCAUACGGAAGCUUCAAGAACUUGUGCCAAACAUGGAUAAGCAAACCAACACUGCAGAAAUGUUAGACGAGGCUGUAGCAUAUGUCAAGUCUCUGCAGAAGCAAAUCGAGCAUUGCAGGAACUCACAGAGCAACAACGAAAAUGUAAAUGCGUUCAAGAGUAAAUUGGCCUUGAUGUGUUAUGCUGUGAAUUAUCUGACUCUUGUUUGGUUAAAAGACCAUUCAAGCAUAUCGGCUUCUGACGGUGUUUCUGCAUUCUCUCAAAUGGAUACCUUAAGAUUUUCAGUUUGUGACACAUUCUUCUGCAAUAUAUUGGCUAGACACUACCAUGAUCUGUGAAAGUUCAUGAAGAAUCAACUUCUCAUAGAAAUUCUUAUUCUUCAUUUAGGAUUGGUUUGGAUGGAAGAAAAAGUAGGAAGAAAAUAGGGAGAAGAAAAAAUUAAGAGGAAAAAUUUCCAAAAAAUAGUAAUUUUCUUACUAUUUUUAAGAGUUUUUCCUUCUAAUUUUCCUUACUCUAUUUUUCUUCUUAUUCAAACGAAGGGUCAGUGUUUUUAUAGUUGAAAUAGCUGUGCUUCUUAGGUGCACAUAUUUCCUUUAAUUCUAUGACUGUAACAUUUUGAAUCAGGCAGCUAGAAUUACUCUGUAAAACAUUUUACAGGUUGUUCUAAGAAUUCUUCGUUCUGUAAGAUUAUAUAUUUAUAAAAAAAAAAGGUUAUAUA